AUGCCCCUAAGCCCUGAGGAAACCUCCCUCGUCGAUGCAGCCAGGUCAACUAUAAACAGUAUCCCCAUCUCAGACACCUACAGCGUCGCCAGCGCCGCGCGAUCUACCGAUGGACGCAUCUUCACCGGCGUCAACGUCUUCCACUUUACCGGCGGGCCCUGCGCUGAGCUCGUUGUUCUGGGCUCUGCAGCAGCAGCUGGAGCCACGCGGUUAACGCAUAUCGUUGCAGUUGGGAACGAGAACCGAGGCAUCAUCAGUCCGUGCGGGCGCUGUCGGCAGACGUUGAUUGAUUUGCACCCAGAGGUUAAAGUGAUUGUGUUGGAUCAGGGGGAGCCGAGGGCCGUACCGGUGGAGGAGUUGCUGCCGUUUGCGUAUCUUGUGGAUUGA